UUUCAGUUUUGUGAAGACCCAGAGCGUUUGCUGUGACAGGCUGUCCUCCGAAAGGGGCUUCUCCAGGGCUGAGCCAUCAGCAUACAACAGGGGGACUCCCGUUAGUUCUGAAGCCAGGGGACUUCGUGAACAGAUCACCAAAAUCACUCAUCUCCUUGGCUCCUGGAUGUCCAAGUCCAGACACCUUCCCUUUUAAGAGUGCUAUUAUCACUUUAGAAAAUGGAAAUAUCAUGCAAAUUGGAGAAGAGAUCAUGAAGAGAGCACUUCAAUAUUCUGCAACUUCUGGAAUUCCAGAGCUUCUGUCCUGGCUAAAACAGUUCCAAAUAAAAUUGCAUAAUCCUCCCACCAUCCAUUAUGCACCUCACCAAGGACAAAUGGAUCUCUGCAUCACAUCGGGCAGCCAAGAUGGUCUUUGUAAGGUAUUUGAAAUGAUAAUUAAUCCUGGAGAUAACAUCCUCCUAAAUGAGCCAGUUUAUUCGGGAACACUUCAAGCUCUGUACCCACUGGGCUGCAACAUUAUUAAUGUUCCCAGUGAUGAGUUCGGGAUUAUCCCAGAUGCCCUCAAAGAAAUCCUUUCCAAAUGGGAACCCGAGGAUGCCAAGGACUCCAGCAAAAACACCCCCAAGUUUCUCUAUACCAUCCCUAAUGGCAACAAUCCCACCGGAAAUUCACUGACUGGGGACCGCAAGAAGGAGAUCUACAAGCUUGCAAGCAAAUAUGAUUUCCUCAUCAUAGAAGAUGAUCCUUACUAUUUUCUCCAGUUUAACAAGCCCAGGGCACCAACAUUUCUCUCCAUGGAUGUGGAUGGGCGUGUCAUCAGAGCUGAUUCCUUUUCAAAAAUCCUCUCCUCGGGGUUGAGAGUAGGAUUUAUAACUGGCCCAAAACCCUUAAUAGAGAAAAUUGUUUUACACACACAAGUUUCAUCAAUGCACGCCUGCACUUUCGCACAGAUCAUGAUAUUACAGCUUCUACAGCACUGGGGAGAAGAAGGCUUCCUGGCUCAUGUGGACAGGAUUAUUGAUUUCUACAGGAACCAGAGGGACGCCAUAUUGGCAGCUGCAGAGAAGUGGCUAAGUGGUUUGGCAGAAUGGCAUGUGCCUGCUGCUGGUAUGUUUCUGUGGAUUAAAAUUAAGGGCAUUUCUGAUUCACAACUGAUUGAAGAAGAAGCCCUUAAGAAAGAGGUUUUACUGGUUCCUGGGAGAGCUUUCUACAAGAACAGCUCAGCUCAUAGCCCUUACUUCAGAGCAUGCUUCUCCACGGCCUCUGCAGAAGAGAUGGAUGAGGCCUUCCAGAGAUUAGCCCAAAUUAUAAAAGAAUCUUUAUGAAGAAAUCUAA